AUGGAUAAGAGUGUCUUUUACGGAGACGACGACGAGGAGUCAAGGGACAGUGGCGGCGACAAGAGGAGCCGCCGAGGCCGAGGUAAGCUCCUCCUCCCUUACGAUAUGGAGGUGGAGACACUGAGUAGAUUGCCUGGAAAGUCGCUGAUGAAGCUCCUAUGCGUGUCCAAGACUUGGUCUUCCUUUAUACGAAGCCAAAGAUUCGUGGCUUCUUACUACGCUGCCAAGCCAUCCCGUUUUGUAGCCGCUUUCACCAACAGUGUAUUCGGUAAACCCGAGCAUCUGUUCAUCUUGUCGGGAGAGGAGGAGGAAGCUUCUUCUUCUUCUUCUUCUUCUUUGGUUGCCAAUCUAGACAUGACAAUACCCUCAGUGACCUUGCCUUACAACGGCUACAAGUAUUCUUCCGUCCAUGGCUUUAUGGCUUGUAAUGAUGGGACAACUUUCAUUAUAUGUAACCCUAGCACGCGGCAAGUCGUUUCCUUUCACUGCAAGGCAUUUCGCACAUCCUUGGGAUACGAUCCUGUUCAUGAUCAAUUCAAAGCGUUGACCCUGUUGACAUCUGUGUAUGAUCAUAUUCAUAACCCUAGUUUGAUGAUGUGCACGCACGAGGUUAUAAGACUUGGAAGAGGAGGAGUAGUAGUAUCUCGUAGCAGCCAAGUUACCUCCCCGUAUUAUCUCCCUAUGACUGUGGGACGAUGCAUCAAUGGUUUCAUGUAUUAUGGUGCUUCUGUUCCAGUUCCAAAUGAAGCAGAGACUCCUCCUACUCCUGUGUUUGUCUGUUUUGAUGUUAGAAAUGAGAGGAUACUAAGUUUUAUCACUACGCCUAAGGAGGUCCUGGUUUGGAAGGUUUAUACAUCAUUGAUAGAAUACAAAGGGAAGCUAGCUGUCGUUGUACCAAACUGCUUGGGAUGUGCUUCUUCUUAA